GAGAGAUGGGAGCUAGCCGGAGCAAGAAAGCAAUGGCGGGAGUAGCCCUGCAAACGAUGCUUCUCGUCGUGUUUCUUCUGUGUCUGGCGCCGCCGCAAUCAACAGAGGCUCGUCGCCUUCUCAAAACUAGAGUUCGUAGAUCUCCGCCGCCGCCGCCUCCGCUCAGAGAAUCAUCUCUGCCACCGCCUCCGCCCUGCUCAUCCUCUCUGUGGCCGCCGCCACCGCGCGGAGUAUACUCUCCUCCGCCGCCGUAUAUGAGACCACCGACUCCGCCACCACCGGCUUUUCAGCCUAAGCCCAGCAAGUCACCGCCCGGAAAGAAAGGAUAAAAGAAAGAAAAUAAUUUCCCCUAUCAAUUAUUUGUUUGUUUUUUUAGUAGAAUUUGUUUUAUUUUAUUUUA